UCUGCUCUUUUUCUUCUCCCCGAUGCUCUGCCUCCCCGACCAGCCCCCCCUUGAGCCACCGACUUCUUCCUCCUUUGAAAACCGGUAGAAGACUUGAAAUUUCUUCUUCUUCUCUUGUUAAAUAACAAGCAUAGAACCCAGAAAAUCCCAGAUCUGCGCUGUUCUUCCCCUUGCUGUCCAUCGGCUUCUGCCAUCCGUGAUUUUUGGGCUUUUUCUGCCGCGAGUUCCCCUGCAGAAUUUCUUCUUCUCUGUCGCCGGCUUCCCCUCCAACUCCCGCCGGUUGCCAAGCUCGCCAGACCCGGUUUGCUAGCUGGAAAUUUGGGUAGGUAGCAGCUCUCCCAGUUUGGAUUUUUAAUCCCUUGAGUGCUGCCUUGUGUUGUCCGAAUUUUGCUAAAAUGAGGGGAGGAAUUCCGGUAGCAUUUAGCAGCCCUUUAAAUGUGUUUUGUUGUUUAAAUUAUGUGGAAGUUUCUUGAAUUGGCUGCUGUGAUGUUUUGUGUGAAAAUCCCGUGUGUGUGUGAGUUGUGGUUUGCCAAGCUAUGCUCUCCAUGUACUGCCCGUGAGAAAGGGGAAAAUUUUGGUAGCUUUAAGCUAUGUUUUUAAGUGUGGUUUAAGUAGGAAAUUAGCUUGAAUUGGGUUGUUGUGAUUUUGGAGAAAAAUCCCGUGAAAUUAGCUAGUGUUUUGCCCAAAAUUUUGAAGUUACCGUCACUGUUCACUGCGGAUCACUGUUCACUGGGUACUGUUCAUAGGCACUAUUCACACACCGAGAGUCAGUAAUUAAUGGGGAUUAAAAUGUCUAGUUUGUAAUAUAAGAAUGAAUUUGGAGAUGUUCGGUUAUGUGAAGAUUGAUAGAAAUAGCAUCGUGAUUAGGGGUAGCACUUGGGUUAUGUGAAGAUGUACGGUGACAGAACUGAUUUCAUUUUGAAUUUGUGGUGGUGCGGUAUUAAUUGUGGAAUAUUGUGAUUAGGUUUUGAUCGUUCUGUCACCGUAGCACUUGGGUUAGCCUUCUGUUCUGUGCGAGUGAGGAAGCGAUACCGAGGACGGGGAAACUGAGUGGAGUGACGAGUUAGAAGGCUAGCCAUUUCGAGAUUGGUAUAGAUUUAGAAAUAAAUCAUGCUCUUGCAAGCUAGAGUGUAUUUGGAGAUUUUAUGAUAUUAGAGCAGAUUGUAAAAUUUUAUCUUGAAAUUUUGUGGUAUCAGAUUGUGAUUUGAAUAAGUUCUGAGCCUUGUGCAUUCGUGGGACCCGUCUCACUGGUGUACGGCGUCUGUCGCGCCUCGAAUUUGGGUUCUAGGGCGUGACAAAAAGAUUAGAUGCAUUAAUGUUCCAUGAGAUCUGAAGGUCGAUAUGUUUGAAUCCUAAAUAUUUGAAUUCCUUAUGAAGUAAAAUGUUUUUUCCAUU